AUGGCAAAUACUUUUAUCUACUCAAAGUAUAAUGAGGCGAGCCAAAAUACCGCGGGAGGCACAUUAACAUAUAUGUAUCGUUGGAAAAUCACAAAUUGGAGCGAUGUGCGACCUUUCGUAGAACAUACCAGCCCUUCCUUUAGUGCCGACGGACUCCAUUGUACUAAAUACACUGGAAUUCUACAAAGGGUCUUCAAGUUUUAUAAAGGACGCCAGAGAAACCCACAGGCGAUCUCCCUGUAUUUGGGUAUUUUAGAGACAACUCCCGGAUGUUUAAGAGGAAUUCGGAAAAAAGUUUCGAUCGUUUUUGUGCUAGAGAAUUUGCGUACGCGGGGAAUGGAUUUUGGGAAAAUGGAGUUACCAGUCUGGUUUUGUGAACAUCAUUCAACAUGGGGGGAAGAGAAUCUAAUGUCGCUAGACGAAAUGGAUAGAUUCAUCAGCAACGACACAAUAUCGCUUCUUGUAAAAUUCGAGGUCCAAGAAUCAAUCAUUGACGCACCACCAACAAUCACCAACCCAUUUGCAAAACUAGUAGACUCGCCUCAAUUCUCUGACGUAACAUUCCGCGUUAUCGAUGAAUACGCUCGCGAAAAAUUAUUCUACGCGCACAAAGGUAUAUUGGCAAGUGCAUCACCAGUAUUUGAAGCGAUGCUUACAAACGGAAUGAAGGAAACUUUUGAGGACGAGAUACAAUUAUGUCAAACAAAUCAUGCGGCGUUUCGCGCUUUGUUGACAUUUAUAUAUACGUUCAAGUUUCAUAUUGGGUCGUUAAUUGAAGCGGAAAAGUUGUUGGGAUUGUCGGAUAGAUUUGGAAUCGUGCCGGUGCGUGAAGAGUGUUUGCGGUAUUUUCGUUUGGAAUUGAAUUAUGAUAAUGUUUGGGGAAUUUGGGGAUUGGCAGUAAAAUACACUUGCACCAAAACUAGCAAUACCUGCCGAGAUUACGUUGCUCUUCAUCUUGGUGAUCUAUUGGAUAAACAGUCAACUUUAGAAGCCGAUCCCAAUAUACUUCGCUUAGCACUCGAAAACGAUGAAGCUAAUGUUAGCUCAGAAGAGAAAAUAUUCGAGAUGGUGAUAAGAUGGGCAAACUAUAAUACACAUUUUUCCACAAAGAAUGCAUCUACAGACACGCUUCCACCAUCACCAUCGUCAGUAAACGGUGAUAGAGAUGUAUCCCCGUCACAAAAUGAUGCUUCAGCAUCAAUGCCCUCCGAACUUUCUGAUGAUUGUUCGUUUACUAUAAAUAACAUUAAUAAAUCACGAAAAAAUUCUCAAUCUACAAACUCAGAAAUGGAGGCGAAAGUACCAGAAGAAGAGGAUGUUCAAAAAGUAUCGGAAGAGGAGGAUGAAGAAAAUAAUAGCAGUAGCAGUUCUAACAACGACGAAAUCAACUAUAUUAAUAAGGGAGACGACAUGGAUUCUGAAGAAUUCAAUGAAACCGAGAUAUUUCCAAGACCCUGGUGUGGUGACAGACUGGCCGCUCUUCCUUCAUUGCUAGAAUGUGUGAGAUUCCCAAUGAUGCAAAAGAGAUACCUGCUCGAGAAGGUUGAAAGCAAUACGAUGGUGAUGUCAGCGGAUGGGAUGAAGGAUUUGUUGAUCGAGGCUUAUCGAUACCAUCUUAUGCCGGACGCUCCUAUUUUGAAACAUUCUUUAAGUGACAGGAAUCGACGACGAAAGAUGAAAUCGGCUGACUAA